GAGCAGGUACUGACGCCAAUGUGUCCUUAAUCCUGUUUGGGGAGCAUGGAGACAGUGGGAUCCUGGCUCUGAAGGAGUCCAACAAGUCUAACAAGUUUGAGAGGAACCAGAUGGACGAAUUCAACUUCUCGGACAUGCUGAGCCUGGGAGAUCUCUGCAAAGUGCGGAUCUGGCAUGACAACAAAGGAAUCGCACCAGGUUGGCACUUGGAAUAUAUUGAUGUGAUGGACUCUGCCAUGGACAAGACAUUUCGCUUCCAGUGUGAUCGUUGGCUGGCUAAAGGUGAAGAUGAUGGGCAGCUCAUAAGGGAACUGGCUUGUGCCAAUAAUGACAUCCUGGAACUGAAGGAACGGACCGCCUAUGAGAUCGUCACAGUGACAAGCGACAGAGAGGAUGCAGAAACAAAGGAAAACAUCUGGAUCAUCUUAGAAGGAAAGCUGGGUCGCUCAAAAGAGUUCCUCAUGGAAAAUUCCUCCAAGAAAAGGAGAUUUGAAAGGGGAGGAACAGACACAUUUCAGUUUUCUUCAAAGAAUGUUGGUGAUAUUGCAGCCAUCUGUGUUGGUCACUGCCCAAAAGAUGGGAAGAAGUCAUCUGCAAAAGCUGAUGUCUUCUGGCACGUCCAAGAGAUUGUCAUAACGGAGAUGGAGCUUUGCAACAAAUAUUUUUUCCGCUGCAACACGAAAAUCCCCCUGAGAUACAAGAGACGGGACUACAAAGUCUUUGAGUGUGCCAAGGUCACCGAGAGCUUUGCCAGCAAAGCCCGGAGCUUGGUGCCAGUCAAAUAUGAGACCAUCGUUGUCACAGGCUUUGACAAGGGAGCAGGGACCGACGCCAACGUCUUCAUCACCAUCUUUGGGUUGAACGGGGACUCGGGAAAGCGGGCGCUGAAGCAGAAGUUCAGGAACCUCUUUGAGCGGGGCAAAACCAACAGGUUUUACCUGGAAACGCUGGACAUGGGGGAGUUAAAAAAAGUCCGAAUCGAGCACGACAACAGCGGUCUGGCACCGGGCUGGCUGGUGGAGAGGGUGGAGAUCACCAACUCGGCGACAGGUGUGACCACCAUAUUUCCCUGUGGGAAGUGGCUGGAUGAAAACCGGGGUGAUGGAUUAAUCUGGAGGGAGCUUUUUCCGAGGUACUGA